AUGGAAAUGCCUCUCACUCACUAGUCAGUAGUCACUAGACUCUCCUCUACUCCGAGGGAUCCAAUGGCUCACUCUUUCCUCUUCUUCUUUUUCUUCUUCUUCCUUCUCACUGUUCCGGCGGCUUUGGCCGAUGGGUCGCCCAAAACAUACAUAUUCCGGGUGGACAGCCGUACAAAGCCAGCUAUUUUCCCUACCCAUUACCACUGGUACACCUCCGAAUUUACUCAACCAUCCAACAUCCUUCACGUUUAUGACACCGUUUUUCAUGGAUUCUCAGCCUCCCUAAAUCCAUCCCAGGCCGCUUCCGUGCUUCGCCAUCCCUCCAUCCUCGCCGCUUUCGAGGACCGCCGCAGGCAGCUUCAUACCACUAGGUCCCCUCAAUUUCUCGGCCUCAGGAACCAGCGAGGUCUCUGGUCCGACUCUGAUUACGGCUCCGAUGUCAUCAUUGGAGUGUUCGAUACCGGAGUUUGGCCGGAGAGGCGGAGCUUUUCUGAUCUGAAUCUCGGACCCGUUCCUAGCCGUUGGAAGGGGGUUUGCGAAACGGGAGCCAAGUUCACUGCUCAAAAUUGUAAUAGGAAAAUCGUUGGAGCUCGGUUUUUCUCCAAGGGCCAUGAGGCCGGCGGAUUCGGUGGAAUCGGCGGCGGUAUCAAUGAUACUAUUGAGUUCCGAUCCCCCAGAGAUGCCGACGGUCACGGCACUCACACCGCCUCCACCGCAGCGGGAAGGUAUGCUUUCCGUGCUAGUAUGUCAGGUUAUGCAUCGGGAAUCGCUAAAGGUGUUGCGCCCAAAGCUCGAUUGGCUAUUUACAAAGUAUGCUGGAAGAAUGCGGGUUGCUUUGACUCCGACAUUCUCGCCGCUUUUGAUGCUGCUGUUGCCGACGGUGUAGAUGUCAUUUCGAUCUCGAUUGGAGGAGGCGACGGUGUGUCUUCGCCGUAUUACCUAGAUCCUAUUGCCAUCGGAGCUUACGGCGCCGUUUCAAGGGGCGUGUUUGUGUCCUCAUCAGCUGGCAACGAUGGCCCUAACGGAAUGUCCGUAACUAACCUUGCUCCGUGGCUGAUGACAGUCGGCGCCGGCACAAUCGACCGGAAUUUCCCAGCGGAAGUAAUCCUGAGUGACGGUAGGAAGUUUUCGGGAGUAUCACUGUACGCAGGAUUGCCAUUGAAGGGGAAAAUGUAUCCCUUGGUUUACCCCGGUAAAUCGGGCGUGCUCUCUGCUUCACUGUGUAUGGAAAAUUCACUUGAUCCCAAUGAAGUUAGGGGUAAGAUCGUGAUCUGUGAUCGCGGGAGCAAUCCGCGAGUAGCCAAGGGAAUGGUGGUGAAGAAAGCCGGUGGAAUCGGAAUGAUACUUGCCAACGGCGUGUCCAACGGCGAGGGCCUUGUUGGGGAUGCUCACUUAUUACCAGCUUGUUCUGUUGGAUCAUACGAAGGUAAUGCUAUUAAAUCCUUGAUAGCUUCAAAUCGAACUGCAACUGCAACAAUUAACUUCUACGGGACCGUAAUUGGAGUAAAACCAGCACCGGUUGUGGCUUCAUUCUCGGCCAGAGGCCCAAACGGGCUAAACCCUGAGAUAUUGAAGCCAGACUUGAUCGCCCCGGGAGUGAACAUUUUAGCUGCCUGGACUGAUGCGGUUGGCCCAACCGGGUUAGAUCUAGAUACCAGAAAAGCAGAAUUCAAUAUUUUGUCUGGUACUUCAAUGGCUUGUCCUCAUGUCAGUGGUGCGGCGGCCUUGCUCAAAUCCGCCCAUCCUGACUGGAGCCCUGCUGCAAUAAGAUCAGCUAUGAUGACAACCGCCAGCAGAGUUAAUAACAAGCUGCAAGCAAUGACGGAUGAGGCCACUGGAAAAGCAGCCACUCCAUAUGAUUUUGGUGCAGGCCACUUGAAUCUUGACCUCGCCAUGGACCCUGGACUGGUGUAUGAUCUAACCAAUGAAGACUAUGUUACCUUCUUGUGUGCAAUUGAGUACGGCCCAAAGACGAUUCAGGUGAUCACAAGAUCACCGGUGAAUUGCCCAAUGAAGAAGCCAGUGCCAGAGAAUCUAAACUAUCCGUCAAUCGCUGCAUUGUUUUCAAGCUCAGCUACUGGAACGUCGAGCAAGACAUUCUUCAGGACAGUGACAAAUGUGGGGGAGACGAACGCAGUGUACAGGGUGAAGGUCGAGGCACCCAAGGGAGUGAGCGUGAGUGUGAAGCCAAUGAAGCUGGUGUUCUCGGAGACAGUGAGGAAAUUGAACUACUAUGUGACAAUCAGCAUGGAUAGCAAGAACGUGGUGUUGGAUGAUUCGGGUGCUGUUUUUGGUUCACUUUCUUGGACGGAUGGGAAGCAUGUGGUUCGAAGCAUCAUAACAGUGACCCAACUGGAGCCAUUGUAGAAGACUGAAGAGUGAAGAGGGAAGAGG